GGGGGACGCUGCCCCUUUAAGAGCGCCCACUGUGGGCGGGGCCCAGAGAGGGGGACGCUGCCCCUUUAAGAGCGCCCGCCCGCCCAUUGUGAGCGGGACCGGCCCCCCCGCAUUACGUCAUGCCGAUUGUCCUGGUGCGUCCGGCCAAUCGGACGCGCCGCCUGGAUUCUACGGGAGCCGGGAUGGGCCCGAGUCCGCGCCAGGAUUUCCCCAUCUGGACCAUAACGCAUUGCGCAGGGUGCACAGCCCGAUCCUGCGGCUUUAAUAGCCCUGACAUGGAAACCCCACUGCAGUUUCACCAGUUUAUCCAGCAGCAACAACGAGACGAGCAGCCGCACCAGUGGAUCAGAUGCAACUGCCCGCGUGUCACCGCCGUCGGCGACAACCGGCUGCUGUGUAAUUCCUCGCCACUCACUUACAGGACCAAUUCUCCACACUCCUCCUCCUCCUCCUCCAGGCACGGUAGUCAGCUGAACGUCAGCGAGUUUUCUCUUUCCUCCGCCAGUCAUGCCAGCUCUUCUAGACAUCACCACCAGCACCGGCAGCCCAGCCCCAGCAGCAGCCGCAGGGAGAGCAAUCCCUUCACUGAAAUAGCCAUGAGCAGCUGCAGGUACAACGGCGGCGUGAUGCGGCCACUCAGCAACCUGAGUUCCUCCAGAAGGAAUCUGCACGAAGUGGACUCGGAAUCGCAGCCUCUUCAACCCAUAUUCACCACUGUCGCCCCGGAGAUCGUGGUCUCCAAACCGGAGCAAAACAACUCCACUACGGUCGUUUCUUACGGGCAAAGCCAAAGCCAAAGCGGGAGCGCUGGCGGCGGCGGCGGUGGAGGAAACGAGGGGAAUAACAAUAAAUCCUGCAAAAAGAAAAACAAUAACAUUGCCUACAAGCUGGGACAUAGAAGAGCUUUGUUUGAGAAAAGAAAACGAUUGAGCGACUAUGCUUUGAUCUUUGGUAUGUUUGGGAUUGUAGUGAUGGUCAUCGAGACUGAACUUGCGUGGGGGGCUUAUCAGAAGGGAUCUCUGUAUUCAUUAGCUCUUAAAUGCCUUAUUAGCCUUUCUACCAUCAUUCUGCUUGGUCUGAUCAUUGUAUAUCACGCGCGGGAAAUUCAGUUAUUCAUGGUAGACAAUGGCGCAGAUGACUGGAGAAUAGCCAUGACUUAUGAACGGAUUUUUUUCAUCUGUUUGGAAAUAUUGGUAUGUGCUAUUCACCCAAUUCCUGGAAACUAUACUUUCAUAUGGACAGCACGCCUUGCCUUUUCGUACACAACAUCUACAGCAAUAGCAGAUGUGGAUAUAAUCUUAUCAAUACCAAUGUUUCUUAGGCUUUACCUGAUUGCUAGAGUAAUGCUGUUGCAUAGCAAACUUUUUACGGAUGCUUCAUCAAGGAGUAUUGGAGCAUUGAAUAAAAUCAACUUCAAUACCCGUUUCGUAAUGAAGACUUUAAUGACAAUAUGUCCAGGAACAGUACUGCUGGUUUUCAGCAUCUCAUUGUGGAUAAUUGCAGCAUGGACUGUCCGAGCUUGUGAAAGAUACCAUGACAGCCAAGAUGUCACAAGCAAUUUUCUCGGAGCAAUGUGGCUUAUUUCUAUCACUUUCCUUUCUAUUGGAUAUGGUGAUAUGGUACCGCAUACAUAUUGUGGGAAAGGAGUUUGCCUACUCACAGGGAUUAUGGGUGCUGGCUGCACUGCUCUGGUUGUCGCUGUGGUUGCCCGGAAGCUGGAGCUUACAAAAGCAGAAAAACAUGUGCAUAAUUUUAUGAUGGAUACACAACUGUCAAAACGAGUAAAAAAUGCAGCUGCCAAUGUUCUCAGGGAAACAUGGUUAAUAUACAAAAAUACAAAAUUAGUUAAAAAGAUUGACCAUGCAAAAGUGAGGAAACAUCAACGCAAAUUCUUGCAAGCCAUCCAUCAAGCCCGGAAGUUGCGAGGUGUAAAAAUGGAACAACGCAAAUUAAAUGAUCAAGCAAAUACUUUGGUGGAUCUUGCUAAGACGCAGAACAUUAUGUAUGACAUGAUCUCAGACCUGAACGAAAGGAGUGAAGAUCUUGAGAAAAGGAUUGUAACACUGGAGACUAAACUAGAGACAUUAAUAGGAACUAUCCAAGCUCUACCUGGACUGAUUAGUCAGAUGAUCAACCUGCAGCAGAGGGAAUUUCUGGAAGCUCAGAUGCAGCACCAUGACCAACAAAUACCUUGCAGUGCUGAGCGAUCACGAUCGUCGACAAGGCGGAGAAGGUCUUCCUCAACAGCUCCACCAACAUCAUCAGAAAGUAGCUAGAAGUGAACGUUUUAACCACUAGAAAUAACUUUUUUUUGCCAUCAUAUGGUUGAUAUUUUAGCUUUUAUUGUAAAGCCCUAACAAUACUAAGCAGUGUUAUCCGGAUUCUGAUGUCAGAAUCCAGGGAACCUGAAAAAUUAUUUUAGGCCAAAAGGAGUGUGUUCUCCCUCAGAUGCACAGUGAAUGCACCUAACCUGCUUUAUAGAUUGUUUCUUCUGUACAACUCACUUGACUUUUUACUUGCGCACUUCAACUGACUUUAUUAAUAUAUAAUAUAUAAUAAAAGGAACAUUUCUGGAUAUUUCUGUCUGGUGAGUUUAAACCUCUAUUCAUGGGCAUUGAACUCAGGUGCUCAAUCAAUAAUGAACAAGAAAAUUUAUCUUGUUUCAACUAUCAAUAUUACUUACAUAAGUGAUGUUUUUUUUAAGAACUGUCCAGUUUGCUAGAAUGUUAAACGGAAGCAAUAUUCACUGUCUGCUACUGCUUAAAAGAAAUGAAACCUUUUGUAUGUAUAUUGAAAUAACUGUUAAAAGUGGCCUACUGUGGAGAAUUUUAUCAUUAAUCUGGCAUUUAUAUGAUAUUUUGUGAUUCUGUUAAAUCCAAAAAAAUGAUAACCAGAAAUUAAACUUAAAUGACCAAAGA